AUGGACAGCUCAGACAAGUACGGGUUUAUGUCCACGGAGGCGCAGGUUUUCUUGGUGACGUUCCUGGUGUCGGCGGGUCUCAUCAGAGUCGUGAAGUCUCUCACGCCGUCUCACGCACCUCCUGGACCAUGGGGUGUCCCUGUCCUCGGAACCCUUCCAUUCUUUGGCAAGGAGCCAAACGUGACAUUCACCGAGAUGUGGCAGAAAUAUGGCAACGUGUUCAGCAUUAAGCUGGGCAGCUGGCCCGCCAUUGUGGUCAAUGGAGCCGAUGCAAUCCGAGAAGCUCUGGUCGAGAAGGGCGACAUCUUUUCAAGUAGACCAAGGUUCUUCACCACGAGUUUCAGCAAAGGCACUAGCGUCAGCUUCUCUGAGUUUACAGACAAUUACAAGUUUCAUAGACGCAACGCACUUGGGGCGCUGAGCAUGUUCGCGAAUGCGAAAAAGAACCCAAUCGAGAGCAUCGUCCACGAUGAAGUUGACUUUGUUGUCAAAUCCUUUAAAAAACAUGGCGAAAAGCCUUUCAACCCACACGAAUACAUAUUCAUAGCGGCAGGUAGCGUCAUCUACCAGAUUUGCUAUGGAGUACAAGAAGAUGUACGUGACAACAAAGACUUCGUUGAAUUUAUUCUCAAUGUGAAGAAGUUUACAAACUUUGUUUCAGCGGGUAAUCCGUUUGACGCUCUGCCAUGGCUAAGAUUCUUCAUGCGGGAAAAGUACCAUCAGUUUCUAAACCUUCUGUCUCUGUCAAAGCAUCAGAGGAUGAAGAUGAUCAAGGAACACGAAGAUACCUACCAAGAAACGGAUAUCCGAGACGUUACAGAUCGUCUCUUGCAACUCAGCAAUCGUGGCCAUCUUGACAAGGAGACUCUGCAGACGACACUCGCAGACUUCUUCGGAGCUGGUUUUGUGACAAUAGCUACAACGACAGAAUGGACGUUACUGUUGAUGGCGGCGCAUCCGGAAGUCCAGGACAAGGUCCAGGCUGAGAUUGACGAAGUGGUUGGUCGGGAACGGAAACCAGGUCUAGCAGACCGCGGGAAGAUGACGUACACAGAAGCCGUGAUCCAUGAGUCGAUGAGACUGACAUCUAUCUCCCCACUUGCUAUCCCUCACAUGGCGAUGGAGGACACGUGGCUCCAGGGAUAUCACAUUAAGAAAGGCACAGUUGCCUUCAUUAACUUGUACUCUAUGAGCCAGGACAAGAAGGUGUGGGGCGACCCAGAAGUGUUCAGACCAGAGAGGUUCCUGGACGAGUCUGGCCAGAUCAGACAAUCGUUGCUGGGAGAGUUCCUGCCAUUCUCAGCAGGGCGUCGGAGGUGUUUAGGGGAGUUCCUGGCAAGGAUGGAGGUAUUUCUGCUUAUUACCGGAAUGCUUCAAAAAUAUCGUUUGCAAAAGCCAGCAGAUUUGGACAAAUAUUCUUUGGAGGCUACUUUUGGCCUAGUUAGGAUGCCCAAACCUUUUCAAAUUGUUGCAAGUCCGAGAUACUGAAAAUUGUCCUGGUACAGGGGAAAGUUGAACCCAGAGCGAACAUAAUUGUCAUGUAAAACCUUGCUUUCCUCGAUCACACAGAAACACCGACAGUUUGAGUUCUGGGAUCGAAAUCGAAGUAAUAACAUUCGACAAUAUUAUAAUAUUACCCAUACCUAUUUGCGGGGUCAACUAAUAUUGCAAUGAUAUCGUUAACCAGUUUCAAGUAUGUAAACAGUGUAAAUAAAAGGAAUCUGCUUUGUCAAA